AUGGAUUCUGUUAAUAAAUAUAUCACAGUGAAGAUUGCUGGGCGAUUUGCUGUUGAUUUGUUCUACAAGUGGCAGGGUGAAAGCUUAAAGUUGUCUGUGGCAACAGCUCAAGAUUCAGGUGCUCCAUGCUUUGAAGUGGACCAGGUAGUCACCAGUGUUAAAUUUAUACCUAAAUCACUUAAGGAAGUACACAAACUAAACAGAAAGAAAUUAAGAGAAAAAGAAGCAAAGAAGCCUAACCAAGAGUCAUCUGACCAUUCAGAACCAGUGAAGACAUUAGAGAGACCAGAAGUGGAUGGAAGCCUUGUAAAUGACUGCAGUGCCAUAAGAGAAUUAAGAAAGUUACAAAAAAAAAUCAGGAGCAUUGUCGACGACUGGAUUAAACACUAUCGCCUGGCAUUUGGCAUAGGAUCCCCUCAGAUUUCCCGAAUUACCGAUGUCCCACAAGGAAUUCUUAGAAAAUGCAAAGUCCAACCAGUAAGGGCACUACCAGUUGCACCUAUGGUACAAAAUGAAGAAGAAAAAGUUGGAGACACUGAGGUUCCUGAAGCAGGGAACUCCCUCCGACAACCGAUGGACUGCUUCCAACCAGCCUCUGCUCGGAAUAUGCCAACGGAGACCAGCAUCAGAUCUCAUUCCCUCAGAGUUUCCUCUCUCACAAAGAGCAGUAUCAAGCCAGAUCACUUAACUGUGCCUCAGACAACUCUAACUAUGUACACAUCUCAAUUCCAGAGCUCUUGGAUUUCAGGGCUUCCUCUUUCCUAUGACAAUGAGAAGUUUUGGUUCACCUCUCACCUGACCUGCCCAGUGGUACUCCGCAGAACAUUAAGAGGAGAGGCAGGGAAGGUGUGCAAAUGCAGCAAUCAGCAGAUUCCAUAUGUGACAGACCUGGAAUAUGAUCACAUUAUUAAUAACCAGAUGUCCUCCCCGGAACAGAUCACUGUCAUCUGUGUACUGGCCACUUUUCAAACAGAAAAAGAUGUAAUGGAAGAUGAGGUAGAAGAGCUAUAUAGGCGGAAGAACAAAACCAGAAACAUGCCCUGCAUGCAGAGUCGCCUGGAUUCUUUUCGUUUGCUCAAAUAUAUCAUCUAUCCUGCAGAUGAAUUCAGAGGUCAGAAAGGCUCACUCCUGGUCCAGAGACACAAUGCUGCUCCAGGCAUGUUUUUGAUGUACAUUCAGGGAAGACUGUUAUUUGCUAAUUAUAUCUUCAAUGGUUAUAGUACAUCAGCUAAAGACCUUCAAAAACAAAUUGUGAAGUCAAGAAGUGAUUAUAAAAUGGGUUUCUGCCUGCCUGAUGAUUUCAGAUUCAGCAGUCAUGUAGAUGACUUGACACUGGCUUCCAGUUAAACAAGAUCAUGUGACAAAUACUUUAUGCCAGAUUGUGAAGACAAG